CUGCUGCUCAGUGCGAGAGACUGGACGGUCUGUAAUGUGGGGAACGUGGUUUGCAGCUCUGCUGGUUGUGGCUCUUGGAGUUUACCUGCUGCCGUCUCCCAUAGACCCUGAACCUCACAUUCUGAAGGGGCCUCCUCCGGCCCUCGAGGGGCCGCUGGCCGUCAACACCCGGCUGCAGAGGGGCCGCAGACUGUUUAUAGGAAAACUACAUGGACCAGAAUCCUUUACUGCAGAUGAGAAAGGUAACGUGUACACGGGGACAGUGGACGGGAAGCUGUGGAGGAUCGGUCCUGAUGACAGCCUCACCUUCAUCACACAGAUGGGUCAGAACCGACCAGAAUGUGGCAGCAGCACAGACUAUGAGCCCGUGUGCGGUCGUCCUCACGGCGUCCGUCUGGACCGCCGCGGUCAGCUGAUUGUUGCAGACUCCUACCUCGGCCUUUACAGCGUCGCCCCCCAAACAGGAGAGAAGCGCCUGCUGCUGUCUAACUCUGAGGGUGCCGACGGCGUUCCCUUCGCCUUCCUGAACGGCCUCGAGGUUUCCGCCCAAACUGGGAUAAUUUAUUUCACCGACUCUUCCAGUCGCUGGGGGCGCAGACACGUCAAACUGGAGGUGAUGGAGUUGAACCGCCUCGGUCGUCUCCUCUCCUACGAUCCUCGGACAGGAAACGUGACGGUGCUGCUGGACUCUCUCUACAUGCCCAACGGCAUCGCCCUGUCCCCUGAUGAGACCUUCCUGCUGCUGGCUGAGACCAGCAUCGCCCGCAUACACAGGUAUUGGCUGAAGGGCCUGAAGGCCGGCACCAAGGAGGUCGUCCUGGACAACAUGAUCGGUUACCCCGACAACAUCCGCCUCAGCGACCACGGGACGUUCUUGGUUGGCAUAACAACGCCUCGCUUUCAGAAGUUCCUGCCCCCCUUCCUGGACCUGACCGCCCCGUACCCAGCAGUUAAACGCUUCCUGGUGAAGGCGUUUCCUCUGAGCUGGUUCAACUUCCUGCUGCCGUACUAUGGUCUGGUUCUGGAGCUGGGGUUAGAUGGCGAGGUCGUGGGAACGCUUCAUGACCCCCAGGGCCGCCUAACCUGGGCCGUCAGCGACGUCUUCCAGCACCGAGGGAGAACCUACCUGGGCAGCACCGACUUACCGUUCCUGCCUGUUCUGGAGGUCUGGGACAGAUGAUGGAGCUUUGUGAGCAGAAACAGCUUCACUUCACAUUAUUAACGUUUUAUUUGACAAACUACACCUGGAGAGACUUAACGGACUAUUGUUCUGAUGAAGUUUGACAGGACGGCGUUUAAAUUCAACAAUGAAGCUAAAAUCAUCUGUCUGAGUCACAGCAGCCGAAGUGUAAAGAAUAUUCAGCUGCGAGCAGAACAUGCCUAACAAACAGAAUCCAUUGUUUUAAAUUA